AUGCAACAAGUGAAGGCAAAGAGGUACGGCGCAAAGAAACAAACCCUUCGCCCGCAACAGAUAUCGAAGGGUAAAAGAAUCGUUGGGAUCAACGGCAUGUCGUACAACUUCGACACAAUCCUCGCGGUGUCUCUUCUCCGUCGCACGCGUGAUUUCGCGAAGUCCGAAAUUCGAUUUAUUAAAGCAAAAGAAGACAUGAAUGGGUGUGACAUGGUCUUAGGGUAUGGCGGGAUGUAUAAUGCUGACACUUUACGGUUCGACUAUCACCAGCACGACUUCAAAGAAGUGUUUUCGAAUAAAUCGAAGUACCCGAUGAGUAGUGCGGGGAUGGUAUUCAAGCGAUUUGGGAAAGAGAUAGUGAAGAGUGUGUUAGUGUCGCUCAGUGAAAAGUUUGAUAUGAACGUGUCGGAUGAAUUACUUAAUGUCGCGAAAGACGUCAUUUAUCAAAGCCUCAUCGAACCGGUUGAUGCGAUGACAAAUGGAUUUAGUAAAUUUGAUGAAACGCCGUUGUACUUAAACCCGACAGAUAGCUUUCGACUGAUGUCUGCACAAGAAAUGAAGAAUGAAAAUUUUGUGGAGGAAGUCGAAGAAACGGCGUCGACGUUUAUCAGUGAAAUGGAUGCACAUGUCCAGUCAAUUGAAUGUUAUCAACAGACCCUUUAUAAUGCAAAAAAGGCAUUGACAUUCAACGGGGAGAAAAGAAGAAUACUACUUGUGUCUGGAUUUAUACAAGUCGCUUACAUUCAAAGUAUUGAAAACAAACUGGGAGUACUCGGAAACUUCUUAUUUUAUAUUAGAGAGGGGAAAGCAAGAGUUACUAUUAGAACAGUAACAUCACCAGAAUCAGUAUUUGUGAAUAGAGCAGCUUUUCCUGAGAGUUGGAGAGGGCUUGAGAAUGAAGAGUUGGAAAAUGCUGUUGGUGAGGAAGGCGUCUAUUUCUGUCAUCACUCGGGAUUUAUGCUCACGUGCUCAACUACACAACAGGCUUUUAGGCUCUGCGCUAGAGUCAUCAAAGAACUUGGAUUAUGA